CGGUGGCAGUACAGUGCGCGCGCCUUUGGGCCACGAUUGGCCCGGCACUUUCCGUCAGUCUUCAGUUUGGUGCGGUGGAAUGCGCUCGUGUCUGCAUUUUGUUCGCGAGCCGCGCGUCUUUCAUUCAUACUUCUCUGUGGUAGUAACUUCUUGUCGCUUCCUAUUCAAAGAUUUAUAUAGAGAAUAUCUCGUGAAUAAAAUCGAACGUGCGUGGUAAUAUAUGAAAUGCAGACACUUCCAACCAGCUCGGUGGUGCAGCGUACAUUACUCGUGUAAACACAAUGGACUUCGUCGUUCCAUGCACAAAGGACGGAUAGAAAGCAGUGAGUGAGUGAGUGGAGUAUAGUGUCCAAGAUGGCGGAAUCAAGCUAUUAUCAGGGCGAUUACAUCAGGCACCCGGUGUACGAACUGUCGAGCAAGUAUGGAGUGGCUAGCAGUGACCAGGUGCCCUUGCCGGCUCGUCUUGACGAGCUCCGGGAGCACAUACGCCGAGAAAUACGCAAGGAGCUGAAGAUAAAGGCCGGCGCCGAGAAGCUGAGGGAAGUGGCGACCGAUCGUAAAGCGCUCUCCGACGUGGCGACGAUCGUGAAAAAGUCGAAUAGUAAGCUGAAUGAACUUCAGGCCGAGCUUCAGCAACUGGAGAGUCAAAUUAUAUUGACGCAGGGUCAGCCACAGUCGCCCCAGCAAAAUCAUUCGAACGGUCAAGACACGCCUCUGUCACCAAUGGGGCCGUCGUCGCCGAGUCAGGAGGGUCUAUUCACGGAUCUUCGUCUUUUGUCCUUGGAGAAGCAGCUCAAUAUCGAACUCAAGGUGAAGCAAGGGGCGGAAAACAUGAUUCAGAGUUUGACAAGUGGUAGAGAUAAAAAGUUACUGCAGGAGGCUCAACAAAUGCUUGACGAUUCUCGCGCCAAAAUCGAGUUCCUACGCAUGCGAAUAAUGAAAGUGCGGCAAGCUCGUCAGCAACAGCAUGCACGCGAUGCUCCACCACCAAAUGGCGAGACAACUAGCAAUAAAGAUAGGUACGAGCCUAGCUUGGAGCUCGCGCUGGAGGAAAGGGUGGAGGAACUACGACAUCGUUUACGGAUCGAAGCUGCGGUUGUAGAAGGGGCUAAGAACGUGAUACGUCUUUUACAAAGUGCCAAAGUCGCCGAUAAGAAGGCCUUAACGGAGGCUCAAGCAAGUCUGGCAGAAUCAAGUAGAAAAUUGGACCUAUUGAGAUUAUCCCUUGAACUUAGAAGACAAGAAUUACCACCUGACAGUGGUACUGCUGCUCAAUUGAAGAGAGAAUUAGCUAGUGUACAAUCCGCUAGCCCGGUUCCUGUAACCUACACCUCGCUACAACCGUUUCGUGGUCCUCUGGAAGGUAAAGCUACAGUGCCUGCAUCGGUUUCAAGAUGUGCUGCUGUAACUGGACAAUUAGAGGUAAGAUUAAUGGGGUGUCAAGACCUGGCAGAAGAAGUGCCUGGUCGCACAAGAAGAGAGCACCCAGCAAGUCCGGAUCUACGUAGUUUCGUUAAAGGUGUUACAGGACGCAGUUCGAGCAAAUCGUACAGUGUUAAAGAUGAAACAAGUAAUGAUAUCAUGGCAGUUAUUAAACUGGAUAAUCAAACAGUAGCACAAACUAGUUGGCGACCGUGUUCCCAACAAGCUUGGGACCAAAGGUUUUCCAUCGAACUAGAUAAAUCGAGAGAACUUGAAAUAGGCAUUUAUUGGAAAGAUUGGAGAUCUCUUUGUGCUAUAAAAUUUUUACGUUUAGAAGAGUUCAUCGAUGAUGUGAGACACGGAAUGGCUCUACAAUUGGAGCCGCAAGGUCUUCUCUUUGCUGAAAUUAAGUUCUUGAAUCCUAUGAUUUCGAGAAAACCUAAAUUACAACGUCAACGCAAGAUCUUUAAGCAACAGGUGAAGAAUUUCCCAAGAGCUAAUCAAAUGAACAUUAACGUUGCAACCUGGGGUAGGCUGUUGAAACGAUCAGCUCCUUCAUUACACAAUACAAGAAACUCCGAAAGUCCGCCAUCUGGACCUCAACCUUUGCAACUUGUUUUUGAUACUUCGUUAGAAGAUAAACCCGAAACACCUGGGGAAUUGCCUGAUCCUGAAAAGGGAGGCUUAGGUGGAGCCAGACCUUUAGGACUAUCAACUUCAAGUAGUAGUCCUACACUGCCACGUCCUCCAGAACAUCCUCCUCCACCACCACCUACAGUUACAAAGAAACCUUCAAUGCCUGCACCUCCACCGCCACCAAAAUUAGAUCAAGAAUUACAGAGUGCAUUAAGGGAGUUUGAUUUCCUGCACAACGAGGAAAAGGGGGGUCCUCAGGGGGCAAAUUUGAGGCCUCUUGUAACAGAGCCUCGUCCUGUGCUGAUUGCACCACCCUCUCCACGCACACCCUCGCCCCAACCUGUCGUCGAGUUUCCUGAAGAUGAGGUUGUAUAUGAAAUGCCGAACAAGCCUGCUCAAUAUAGAGACAGUGCCUACGAGUCUAGAAGACACUCGCAACUUACUGGAAUGACUAUAGAAAACUUUAGACUACUAUCAGUUCUUGGCCGUGGUCAUUUUGGAAAAGUAAUCCUAUCGCAAUACAGAAAUACAGGAGAAUACUUCGCAAUCAAAGCAUUAAAAAAAGGAGACAUAAUAGCAAGGGAUGAAGUAGAGUCAUUACUUUCAGAGAAGAGAAUAUUUGAAGUUGCCAACGCUACACGCCACCCUUUCCUUGUAAAUUUAUUUGCUUGUUUUCAAACUGAGGCACAUGUGUGUUUUGUAAUGGAAUAUGCAGCUGGAGGAGAUCUUAUGAUGCAUAUACAUGCAGAUGUGUUUGGAGAGCCACGAGCUGUAUUUUAUUCAGCGUGUGUUGUGUUAGGGUUGCAAUACUUGCAUGAAAGUCGAAUUAUUUAUAGAGACCUAAAAUUAGAUAAUUUACUAUUGGAUACAGAAGGAUAUGUAAAAAUUGCGGAUUUCGGUUUGUGUAAGGAGGGAAUGGGAUAUGGAGAUAGAACAGGAACAUUUUGUGGUACUCCAGAAUUCUUAGCUCCUGAGGUUCUUACUGAAACUUCAUAUACACGGGCUGUUGAUUGGUGGGGACUUGGUGUAUUAAUAUUUGAAAUGCUCGUUGGUGAAUCACCAUUCCCUGGUGAUGAUGAAGAAGAAGUUUUCGACUCCAUUGUGAACGACGAAGUUCGUUAUCCACGAUUUCUUUCGUUAGAAGCAAUUGCAAUAAUGCGUAGGUUACUGAGAAAAAAUCCUGAUAGAAGAUUGGGUAGUAGUGAAAGAGAUGCUGAAGAUGUCAAAAAACAAGCAUUCUUCAGGCAUAUAGCUUGGGAUGAUUUACUUUUAAGACGCGUAAAACCACCAUUUGUUCCAGUAAUUCAUUCUGUGGAAGAUGUCAGUAAUUUUGACGAAGAAUUUACAUCAGAAAAGCCACAAUUAACUCCACCUAAAGAUCCUAGACCACUUAGUGACUUAGAACAAAGUCUAUUUAAAGAUUUUACAUAUAUGGCUGAUUGGUGCUAGCCAUAACAACAAUGUUAAUUGUCUUUUUGUUAAAUUUGAUACGCAAAUCAUUUAUUAUUAUAUUUUCAACAUCAUUUUAAGGGCAAUCAAAUCACAAUUAAUAACACUGUUAAUUUCAUAUGUAUUUGUUUAAUUUUCAGAGGAUGUUUAAAUUGUACAGAUGUUUUACUUUUAGUAUCACGAUAUAAUCAGGCAUAUAGAAUUUAAAAAAUUAUGUUCAACAUACGAAUCUCAGGUUUUUAAUUAAUAUGUAUGAAUGUCAGACUUUUAACUCGUAGUUAUACACUCAUCACGAUUGUUUCCAAUACGCAACGUAGUGAAUAAUCAUAAUUUAAAAUAUCUGGAUAUAAUAUUCAGAUUUAAUCAACUGUAUGACCAGAAAAGAAACAUAAAUUUGUAUAAGUAAUUUCGUAGCAUGUUCAUAUUUUGAUAAGAAACAGCAGUUUGGAAUUUAAAUUUUUAAAGAUUUAUACCAUUUAAUUAAAAUUCACUAGAUGUCGUAAUCAUGAUUUGAAGUAUUGACCAAAUAUUUGAAAUGAUAUCUGUUUAAAAUAUUAUUUCACAAUUUUCACUUAGCACAGUCAUUUUUAUAUAGUUUUCAAGUACUCAACAACAAUGUCCUUAUAGAAUAAAGGAUAUUCACUGUAUAAACAUAUUAUAAUUCAUAAAGUUGCAGAAAAUAAAUCAAAACGUAGUUGUA